AUGGUAUGCAAUUAUACGUAUUGUGAAAGGCAUUCGUGUGGGGGUCACAAUACAUAUAAGCCCCACGUUCCUCUUUUAUAUCUUUCGUCCUUCCUUCAUUUCUCUAACUACCCCCAUUCCCUCUUCUCUCUUUCUCUAUAACCCUUAACACCUCUCUCCCAACUUCUUCUCACACACUUUUCUCUAUCUUCUUUACUUGCCUCACACACUUACACUAGAUCUUAUCAUUUUCUUCUAUCAUAGAGAAUAUAUAGCUAGUAACUUCAUUGCUACAUUAACAAAUAUUCCUAAGUCAAAAAUAAAAUAGAGGAGUGCAAGUGUUAUAGUGCUAGUGAGUGAGUUUAGUAGCUAGAAGUAGAAACUAUAAUCUCAAAAUAAAAAUAAAUUUAUAUAAGGUAAUGGGAGAGUUACCUCUACUUGGUUUUGGUUCAGAGAAGGAAGCAACUGCUAAUACGGAGCCCCGUUUACCCGACCCGGUUCAAAACAGACCCAAACGGCCCAGAGAUAGUACCAACAGCAACCACCCGGUUUACAGAGGCGUCCGGAUGCGGGCUUGGGGAAAAUGGGUAUCCGAAAUCCGCGAGCCGCGAAAAAAGAAUCGGAUCUGGCUCGGGACGUUCGCGACGCCGGAAAUGGCGGCUCGAGCUCAUGACGUGGCAGCUCUCGCUAUCAAAGGAAACUCAGCUAUCCUCAACUUCCCUGAACUGGCACCGUCAAUGCCUCGGCCUGAAUCGAAAUCUCCUCGCGACGUUCAAGCCGCCGCCGUGAAAGCCGCUGCCAUGGAAGUUCCCGAUCAACAAACAACAACAUCGCAAUCCCAGUCGCAGUCGCAUACUUUCUCUUCUUCUUCCUCCUCUUCGCUGUCGCAAUCAUCAUCGUCGUCUUCGUUGGCGGUUUCGUCUUCCGACGAACCGUCAACGCCAGACGAACUCGGUGAAAUAGUGGAACUACCACCAUUGGGAACAAGUUUUGAAUUACCCGACCCGGUUAAUAUGGUAUUUUCCGACCCGGUUGAUGGAUGGCCUUAUUAUUCGCACAGUUGGGAUCAGAUUUCAAUGCAUCAAGACAACUCUGAAAGUAUAAGUAUGAUUCUUUGUGGUUUUGAGGGUUCAUUAUGGCAGCAUUAAUCUUAAUUACCAAAUUACCCUAUGGUUUUUAGUUUUAAUUUUUUUUUUGUCUUUUUCUGAGAAAUAUUUUAUUUUAAAUUUUAUGUGUAAGGGUCCUUUUGCAAUUUUUUACUUCAAGGGCUAAAUACAUUUCUUGUCUCUUGUUUAUUUAUUGUUUAGGGCUUGUAAUAUGUGCUGCUGCAUGCAGGAAGAUAUAAUUUUGGAUCUUUUGGUUUAA